AUGAUUCAGUACAUGCCAUAUGGAGGGUUCAAGUGGGUCGAGCCAACACUCAACGAGCUGAACGAUAUGACCGAUACCUCACCUAUUGGACGAAUAUACGAGGUUGAUUUAUCCUAUCCACAAGAAUUUCACAACAAAUACAACGACCUGCCUUUCCUUCCUCAAAACAGCAUACCACCAGGCUCCAAAAUAAAAAAACUGUUGGCAACAUUAGAACCAAAGAAAAAUUACAUUGUUCACUGCCGUAAUUUCCAACAGGCUAUCAAAAACGGCCUUAAAGUUCAUAGAGUCUUACAAUUUAAUAAGUCACCAGGGUUAGUAGAUUAUAUUAGCCUCAAUACUAAGAUGAGAAAGAAAGCUACUAAUGAUUUUGAAAAAGACUUCUUCAAACUAAUGAACAAUGCCUUAUUUGUAAAUGCCAUAGCUUAUGGGCUGUCGGAAUGGUGGAACCGUGACCACGUUUUUAUAAGCAGUAGCAUACUACGUACCACCCUUAUGAAAAACAAUAAUUUUGGUAUUGAUGAUUUGGGAUAA